GUGCAUGUCACGCCCGUUGCUCCUUCCUUACCUACCCUUAGGUCGUCAUCCUCUGUUUACUUACCCUCAAGAAACAGUACCAACCCGCCAGAAACACCGGUAACCUCACAUCCAUCAUGCCUAUGGGAGGUGAUGGCCCGGGGGCCAUAACUGUGAUGUGGGUUAUGGUCUCACUUGCUGGACUUUGCGUCAGCCUACGAUUAUACGUUCGCACUUUUAUUGUGGCGAAUACGGGUUUUGAUGAUCAUGCUUAUGUUCUUGCGUUUGUAUUUCUCCUCUGCUACACAAUCUGCAGUACCAUAGCAGCCCACUACGGAUUCGGGCAAAACAUGUGGGACAUCCCAGUGGAAGAUGUCCCCGGCGCCAUCAUGUGGGAGGCUAUCGGCCAGUGCUUCGCCGUUCUUGGCAUGGCUGUGGCAAAAUGGUCGUUGGGACUCUUCCUGCUGCGCCUGGUUACCCAGAAAUGGCACAAAGUCAGCAUCUGGCUUGUGAUGGGAGCGCUUAUGGGCGCUUCGAUCUCCGUCUGCUUUGUCUUUAUGCUCCAGUGCUCGCCGCCGGCGUAUCUCUGGGAUAAAUCGAUUAAGGGGGGUCAUUGUGAUUUGGAUGCUACGCCGGUUUCUAUGACGCUUUGUAUCCUCUGUGUCUUCGCCGAUUUCUUCUUCGCUCUCAUGCCUUGGAUCUUCCUCUGGAAACUCAACAUGAAUCAACGAGAAAAGAUGAUCAUCGCCAUCAGCAUGAGUCUAGGCGUCAUCGCCGGAGCCUGCGGCAUCAAACGCACCAUACAAGUCCCCUCCCUCUCCUCCUCAAACAACUAUUCGCGCGACACCGUCGGCCUGAUCGUCUGGUCCUCGGCCGAGAUCGCCAUCACCAUGAUCUGCAUCGGCAUUCCCGUGUGCCGACCUUUAUACAAGUCCUUCUUCAACAAAAUCAUCUCCUCCCGCAACGGUACCAGCCGCGGCUAUCAGAAGCAAAGCGGCGGCGGCGGCGGCGCCACAGGACAUGUCGGUCUGCGCACCAUUGGUGGCGGUACGAUUCCUGGACGCUCUGGUAACGAUAGCAAGAAUAAGUCGAAGAAUAACUCGCGGCCGCUUAGAGAUGAUGAGAGUGAUGAGUUUGAGUUGCAUAGGGAGGGGAAGAUGGGGGGCAUGAGGAGUAGUGGGAGUGAUGGGCUUGGUACUUCCCCACAAGGGCAGAGUCCAUUCAACGAUGCGAAUGCGGUUGGCGGUUCCUCGGCGUCGGUAGCGGUGGGAGGACGAGUGGGUGGGAUGGAUAAUCGGAGUGAGGAGUCGAUUUUGGGUGAGGAUUAUAGGAGGGGGCAUGGACAGCAGGGCAGUGGUGAUUUGGAGAGGGGAGAGGGGCCUGGGCAGGGAGGCCAUUAUGGGAAUAACAGAAACUCGGGAGGAAAGCCGGUGAUGCAGGUCCAGAUCACAGAGGAGUGGCAUGUUACGAGGGAGUAGUGACCUGACCUGACUUCCGCUGGGUAUUGUCGGUCCCUUGGAGUUUUGUAAUGGCCUGGCGCAGGUUAUAAAAGGAAUGGCGUUUGUUUUUGGCUUGGAAAAUUGGGCGAUUGGAUGUCUAAAGAGAAAUAAGUGUUGCAUCACUGCAGUCAUGAGAGGUUUUAUUCUGGACCCGCUACCUCAGGGCCGUUUGUUCGUUAUCUUUUCCCUCUUAUUCCUUUCUGUUUACUUUCUUUCACGAC